AUGUCAGAAGACUUCACAGAUGCAGAGCUCAGAAUUGCCAACGCCUCUUCAGUACCAGUCCGCUUCGUCAGCGGGUCUGGAAUGCAGAAGGAACUUGCUCUGGCAACUCUCAUUUCCGAUGAGUCUGCCCAGUCGAUCAUCGACAUCGUAUGUUUGAACCCUUUGCUUAGUCAAUUUUUUGAUGUCAACCUCGAGAUGAUCUUCCGUUGCGCGGUGCGAUGCCUCGCCUUCAAGGAUCAGCACCUUACGCGAAGGAGACAGUGA